GUUACCAUCAAUACCAAUAGCUAGACUCUAUCAUUAGAAGCUGUAGGUCUGAUUAAAGUGAGUCACACUAAGCCGCCCCCCUUGUACUGACCAAAUCACAACAUCAUCAAUCAACUGUAUCGUACCGUGGUAACAUGUUCAACUGACUCAGUUCGUACAGACUCACUACUCUGUACACACGAUUUCGAAUUCCAUAAGAAAGGUAGGGACGUUGGAUGAAAUCUCAUCCCAUUGUCCAUACUAUAUACAUCAGUCUAACACCACACGUGGACCUACCUGUUCUUCACACAUCAACCAUCUUCGUACCAAACCUCUCCUUAACAUCAGGUCAUCCUGCACACCUCAAAGCUUUAUACGCACUUCAAGUUUCAUAAAGCAUACCAAGUCGUUCUACACACAUCAACAACCCUUACUGACCCAGCAAGCUCCAAACCCACCAAAUCGCCAUCUCAAACCCCAGGACCACAAGACAUAACCAACAUGUCACUAUCAGAAACCCCUCUCACCACGCCCACAACCUACUUCGGCUACGGCUCCAACCUCUGGCUCCACCAAAUGUCCAUCCGCUGCCCAACCUCUCAAUACCUUGGCGUCGCGCGCCUCCCGCACUACACCUGGCUGAUCAACGACCGCGGCUACGCCAACGUCGUGGAGAACACGAACACCUCCCAAACCUACUCCGAUGAAGUCUACGGGCUCGUCUACUCCCUCCUCCCCUCGGACGAGCGCCGUCUCGACCGGAACGAAGGCGUCCCCAUCGCCUACACCAAAGAACUGUUGCCCUGCGACUUCUGGCCCAGCAGCACCUCCGAGCGCGCCAACACCAGCUCCCCGCCCGCCGAGACGAGAGACAUGCUGGUGUACAUUGAUCGCAACCGGACGAGCCCGAAUCAGCCACGGGAGGAGUAUGUGUACCGCAUGAACCAGGGGAUACGGGAUGCGGUUACGAAGGGGGUGCCGGAGGAAUAUGUUAGGGAUGUUAUGAGGAAGUUUAUCCCUGAGAGGGGUGAGGAGGAGGGGAGGAUUGGGGAGUUUGCGAGGACGCAGGCGAAGCAGUUUAGGGAUGAGAGUGGGGUAUCUGAGUAGGACGGGCAGGUUUGAGUCACGUUCGUAGGCUGUUGAGGUAUGGUUAAAAGAGUCGUGAGCGUCACUGGCCGUUGGAGGCAGGUGCAUGUUGCUUGAAGGGAAGAGGUGGUGAGUCCAUUGGAACUAGACUAUUCACACCGCAAUAGCGCAUUCUUU